AUGGAGACACAGGUCAUGAUUCCCUUGGACCGGAUCCCUCCCGGCAGUCCGGCACACGGCCUCUCUCUGUUCGACCUCACCUCUGGUGCCUCCCCCGCCCCGCCUGCUACUGCUGACAGCACUGUUCGCUCACAGUGGGCGACACGCGAUGUUGCUGCCCGUCUUGUUGUGCGUCGCCACUUACCGACCACUGAGCGUGCACACUUUAGCCAGUACAAGAGUGCUCAGACCUUGUACGACGCUGUAGUUGCACGCUACUCUUCUCCUGCCACUGCUGCACUGAGCCGCCUCAUGCUACCGUACCUCUUCCCUGACCUUGCUGCCUUUCCCACAGUCGCUGACCUCAAUACGCACCUCCGCACAAGUGACACUCGCUACCGCGCUGCACUUCCUGCUGAGUUCUGCGCCAAGAACCCCCCCCCCAUGUACAUCACCCUCUACUACAUAGUCACCCGGCUCCCUGACUCUCUCCGCGUAAACAGGGACCACUUCCUCUCAGUUUGCCCCACCACUCUCACCGUUGACCUCCCCGAGAAGGGCCUCCUAGCAGCAGAGACGAGCAUAGUCACUGUAGGAGCCUCUCGUGGUGACCCUCGCACCCCCGUCUUUGAGGGGUGUUCCCCCUCCCCCCUCUUGCCCUCUGUUGCGUCUGCUGCUGCUGCCGACCUCGUUGGUUUCUACGGGGUCGGCGCUGGGUCUGCCCCUAGCGGGAGACGCCGCACCGGCAAGGGCAAGGGUGCUGGAGGGGCUAGCGGGGGUGGUGGAGGUGGUGGUGGAGGCAGUGAAGGGGGUGGGGGUGGUGGUAGGAGUGGUGGCGGGGGUGGCGGCGGCGGUGGCAGCAGUGGAGGCGGCGGAGGCAGCGGUGGUGGCGGAGGGAGCAGAGGCUGCGGAGGUGGCGGAGGCGGCGGAGGUGGCGGAGGCGGCGGAGGCGGUGGCGGUGGAGCUGGUCGCGACUCUGCCCAGAGGAUUGGGUCCGGUGGUGGUCCGCGCCAGCAGCAGCAGUGCGGUCGUGAGACCCUGUCCCCUCAGCAGCUUCGUGAGUGGUACGCUGCGCGUCAACGCGGUGGGGGUACUGGUCCCUACACUUACGUCCUCCGUAACGGCGACCGCGCUGGUGAGCAGUGCGGGGGCCUGCACUCCACCCAGCGCUGCUUCGGCCGCCUGACGGACGCGUGGCGUCACCAGUUCCCUGAGGCGUCAGAAAUCCCUCGCUGGGGAGAUCUGUCUAGGGCGGGGGUUGCCAUCUUUGAUCUUGACCAUGAUGCUAUCCUUGCUGCCAUGUAUGUUGUGAUUACUAGUUUUGAGGGUGACUGUUACCUGUGUGUACCGCCUGACCCGGGCAUUGAGGCUACUGCUCUAGGUGCUGGUGAGGCUGCUGCUCUAGGUGCUAGUGCGUCUGCUGCCUCAGGUGCUAGUGCGUCUGCUGCCCCAGGUGCAGGUGAGUCUGCUCUCUCAGGUACUACGUCCGCUCAGGCCUUACACACCUUCACCCUUGACUCGGGUGCGUCCCGCUCCUUCUUUCGAGACCGCACCACGCUUACGCCGCUCAGUCGGCCGGUUGCAGUCUCCCUCGCGGACCCCUCUGUGGGUCCUGUCCUUGCUAGCUUCUCCACUGUCUUACCGUGCCCGGCAGCCCCCUCUGGCACCCUGUCAGGUCUCUACGAACUUGGUGAGUGGAGCGGACCUACAAGAUAG